AACUUACCCACCCACACACACACACACACAUACACGCAUGAGCGUCCCUUCAGCCGAGUGGGCGCUUGUCGCUCAACAUCUGCUGAUGGCGUUAGACAGCGACCAAGAAGAAGAAGAAGAAGGAGAGCCUGAGGCGCAGCCAACGCAGCCAAUGGCGGUGAAGUUGGACGGCACGCUGGCGAAGCAAGAAACGGCCCGCACGUUCUUCAACUUGAUGCUGACCUGCCGUGAGCUGUACCACGACCUGCCAUGGGCCAUGCCCAAGUGGUGCUUGGCAGACGCGCUGCUGAGGCCAUACAGGCAGGCCAUGAAUGACUGGCUCGAUACCUUCCAGCGCGCCCUGCUGCCUUCAGCACCAUCGCAAACGCAAGCGCCACAUGUCCAUGAUCACGGCAGGGACAACACGUUUGACGAACCGGCGUGGCUGGAGCAGCGGUUCCUUGCGCACUGCUGGCUGGGAGCAAAGUGGACCAGCGACCUUUGUUUCCUUCAAUGUCAACUCUCAUGCUCACGCCCACAGAUGCCCGACUUUUGGACCAAGUUUUCCGGCUGUGGUCGCGUGGAGUUUGCAAGCCUCGGACACCUGGAGGCGUGGGCUGCAGCCCUACAAGCAAGGUCAGCCACAGCGUUUGUACCUCACCCAAACACACCACCAGCGUCCACGACUGCAACGAACACAGCCCAAGUCGCCGCUGAGGACCUACACGCAAGCGCGCACGACCACGUUGUUCGCGACCACCACCACCACCACCAGCAACAACAACAACAACAACAACAACAACAACAACAACAACAACAACAACAACAACAACAACAACAACAACAACAACAACAACAACAACAACAACAACAACAACAACAACAACAACAACAACAACAACAACAACAACAACAACAACAACCACCGCGACGACCAGCGCUGUUCUCGCUGGUGGCAGACCUUGACACGAAAGAAGAUGCUGACCGGUUUCAUGCCCUGCGAUCGACUGUGCUGUGUGGAUCCCGCGGUGGGUUCGUCAUGCUGAAUGUGCACGCCCGCCUGCCUUCUCUCAUGGCCAACAACACACACAAGCUCAUGGUUGUCGCCGGCGCUGGCGCGACCAUCGAUCAUCUGAUGCUGCGUGACAUUCAUUAUGCGCGGUGGGACGUGGCGGGCGAGCAGGAGACCGUCAACGGGGAGUUUCACAGCGUGCGGAGCGUUUGCAUCGCGUCCUGCGAUCGCCUUCGUGACAUUCGCGUGCUAGCAGGCAUCCCAGCCGUCCAGCUGCUGUGCGCUGCGAUGCAAACGGGUCUGAAACCGCUGGUGGGGGUGCGACGCCUUACCUUAACCGCAACACCAUCAACCCCUGACGGCGGUGACGGCGCUGAAGCAGACGCAAGCCAGCAGGUCAUCGCUGCGGCACGUGACCUGAGCCUUCACAACGUCUCCUUGACAGCAAGCACGCUGCACGCGACCCGCGUCAACAUCUGCAACAUGCUCUCCGUGCCGGACCCGCUCCACCUGCCAAAUGCGACUGACAUCUAUCUGGGGCAGCACUCCCACGUGCGCCGGCUCACGUGCGCACCGCGACUGAAGAGGCUCGUCGUGCACGAUCGCGCCUGGGAUCCCGCGCUGCUGCCGGACUUUGAGCACGCCAGAGAGGUCAGCUUGCACCUGGGAAGGCCUCUCACGCAACAGCAGCUUGCGCGCAUUGGGCAGCGCGUGGACCGCCUGGAACUCGACUGGUGCAUCGACAGCGCGAGAAACCUGUGCGUCGUGCCGGACCACGUGUACGUGUGCUUGAAGUUUGGCAGCGUCACCGCGCCCGUCCCUGCGUGUGUGAAGGAGCUCAAGGCGUCCGUGAGCAGGGGGUUCCAGCGCGCGUUUGUGGCCAACGUGCCGCGCUUGCACCUGGACGGCGUGUUCAGCCAGCAGCCCAUCCGCGGCACCCCCUGCCUCUUCUCGGGGCUGCAGCGGCUGGAGCUCACCCGGUGCGCGCUGGACGGCGACAUCUCAAACAGCAGACAGGUGGCGAUGAGCGAGUGCUUGGGGUUUGCCGCGGUGCACGGGAGCGAGCGAGCAGACAUUUGCGCCGCCACAGUGGACAAGGAGUCCGGCGAGCAAUGCUUUGAGUCGGACGCGGACACCAGAAGCCGAGGCGUGGUCGUCACGCGUGUCUGUGACGUGGUGCACUGUCGGCUCUCCAAGACAUUUAUCUACGACUUCACGUGCUUUGCACGCGUGCAGCGCCUCGUGCUUGAUGAGUGCCAGUUUGACGACGUGUCCACGUUGCCCCCUGUUGCUUCCCUCGUGGUCCGUGGCUGCGAGGGGCGCUUGCACGAUGAUCGUGGUGGUGAUCGUGGCGGUGGUGGUGAUCGUGUGCGUUGGCCCGACAUGGUCCUUGCAAACAGAUCACCACAUGAGAUGGCGUUGUUGCUGCUCGCAGGCAGGAAGAAGGCGUGAAAGCAACGAGGAGAACGUGUGUGUGUGUGCGUGUGUGUGUGUGUGUGUGUGAGUGUGUGUGCGAGUGAAUGAUUUUGUGUGUGUGCGUGUGUCUGUCUGUCUGUGCGUGUGUGUGUGUGUGUGUCUGUGUGUGCGAGUGAAUGAUUGUGUGUGUGUGUGUGUGUGUGUUUGCAUUCAUGCAUGGCCGUUGCAUUGCGCUAAGAGGCACCGUUAUGUGCUUCUUUCUUCUCUUAUUCCUCUUUGGACGUGUGUGACCAGCACGGACUGUAACCAAUACCAGUAAACGACUUCUACGCAA